AUGCCCCUUUCUGAACAGAAACAGGGGAUGAGUGAAUUGGGGUCAGGAAGCAUCGCUGAAGGCUCUGGUUUCCCUGCCAUCCUGUCUAAGUCAGAGUCUCCCAAGGAGCCAGAACAGCUGCAGAAGCUCUUCAUUGGAGGGCUGAGCAUCGAAACAACUGACGAGAGUCUGAGGAGCCAUUUUGAGCAAUGGGGAACACUCACGGACUGCGUGGUCAUGAGAGAUCCAAACACCAAGCGACCCAGGGGCUUUGGUUUUGUUUCAUACGCCACUGUGGAGGAAGUGGAUGGCGCUAUGAAUGCGAGACCCCAUACGGUGGUUGGAAGAGUUGUGGAACCUGAAAGAGCUGUGUCAAGAGAGGAUUCUCAGAGACCAGGUGCCCACUUAACCAUGAAAAAGAUCUUUGUUGGUGGUAUUAAAGAAGACAUGAAAGAACAUCACCUACGAGAUUAUUUUGAGCAGUAUGGGGAAAUUGAAGUGACUGAAAUCAUGACUAAAAGAGGCAGUGGAAAGAAGAGAGGUUUUGCUUUUGUCACCUUUGAUGACCAUGACUCCAUGGACAAGAUUGUUAUUCAGAAAUACCAUACUGUGAACGGGCACAACUGUGAAGUAAGAAAAGCCCUGUCCAAGCAGGAGAUUUCUAGUGCUUUGUCCAGUCAAAGAGGUGGAAGUGGUUCUGGAAACUUUGGUGGUGGUCGUGAAGGCGGUUUUGGCAGCAAUGACAAUUUUGGUCGAGGGGGAAACUUCAGUGGUCGUGGUAAUAUAACAAAGCUGAGUGUUAUAUCAAUCUCGUGCUUAAGGGCUAGGGAUUUCCAGAGAGCCAUUUAUCUCUAG